AUGAGCGAAUCCGCUGCGGAAGUUAUUUUUCCACCGAAAUAUAUCAGAACUAUUAUAGACAAAACCGCCCAGUUCGUGGCAAAGAAUGGCGAUCAGUUUGAGCAGCGUAUACGAGCAGAGCAGGGCGACGGAGCCGCCGGCUCCGCCGCGAAAUUCGCCUUCCUUAAUCCGAAUAACGCGUACCACGCAUAUUACAGACUCAAGCUUACGGAACUUAAGAGUGGCAUAGAUGUGGAAAUCAAGCCUUCCAUACCGCAGGCGAUCCUAGACAGGCGCAAGAAGCUCGAAUUGAAGAAUGAGUUCAAGGAGAGGCUGCUGGCGCUCACGGAUUUCGGCGCGAGCGGCGCGGACGAUGAAAUCGACGAACCGGAGAAGGAUACCUUCACCUUUACCCAGCCCUUCGUAGCUGCCAUGGACAUGGAUAUCAUCAAGGCAACUGCUACAUUCGUUGCAAGGAACGGGCAGCGAUUCUUGGUCGAACUCGCAAAGCGCGAAAAAAGCAACCCGCAAUUCGACUUCCUCAGCCCGUCGCAUUGCCUCUUUGGUUUCUUCACUAGUCUCACCGAGUCCUACACGAAGUGCCUGCUGCCGACAAAGCCGCAGAUAGAGAAGCUUAACACUGUCGCCAAAGACAAAAUCGCCUACCUCAGGCAGUGCCAGAAGAGGGCAGACUGGGAUGCGCGUGAACAGGCAAAAGCCGCAUCAGAGGAAAUGCGAAAAGCCGAGGAGCGCAUGGAAAUGCAGUCAAUCGACUGGCAUACAUUCUUCAUCGCAGAAACAAUCACUUUCACUCCUAACGAAGAGGGGCUACCGCCGCCAAUCGACUUCACGCAACCAGGAGCUGCCAUGCUGCUCAUGACACGCAACCCAAGGACAGCCGCAACGGCAAGGAACAGUGGUGAACAAUUAACAUCGGUCCUUCCGCUGGACGCGGAUCAAAUCGAUCCGGACGUUCCCGUGAUCGUGGAUGCUGAAGCGGUGGAGACCGAGGAGCCAUCCACUGCUGAUGUUGCAGCACCGGAACCGCAGGAAGCAGACAAUGCGGCGCCAAUAGAAACUGUGACCGCCGUCUCGAAGUUCUCGGAUGCGCCUGAGAGUUAUAAAAGACGUGUUGCCAGAGACAAUGACGUUAGCAUUGUACAGGACGGAGAUGAAAUCAUCAAGGUCAAAAAGUCAUAUACAAGGAAAUCAAAGGCGCAAACUGCGGUCGAGAUGCAGAGAUGCCCUAUUACAGGCCAGAUGAUACCAGCUACCGAAAUGUCAGCGCACCUGAAGAUACUUCUGCUCGACCCCAAGUGGAAGCACCAGAAAGAGCGUUUCAUAGAGAAGGCCAUGAAAGAAAGCGCAUUCGCACCAUUAGAAGACGUCGAGGGAAACCUUGCAUCGUUCGUGGCGGGCAGGCCCGACCUUUUCGGCACGGCCGACGAUGAGUUGCUCGACCACACAAAGUAA